AUAUUCCAAAACAUCACUUGCACUUAUGUUCAGUUAUAUAUAAAAUGAAUCCUUUAACAAACGUAAAAAAUAUACAGAAACUUGGAGAACAAGAAUUAGUAGGCGAUAGAAAAACAUCUUGGCAUGAUCAAUAUAAAAAUAGUGCUUGGAUCUUUAUUGGUGGAUUACCAUAUGAUUUAACAGAAGGUGAUGUAAUAACAGUAUUUUCUCAAUUUGGAGAAGUUGUAAAUAUAAAUUUAAUUAGAGAUAAAGAUACAGGAAAGCAAAAAGGAUAUGGAUUUUUAUGCUAUGAAGAUCAAAGAAGUACGAUAUUAGCUGUUGAUAAUUUUAACGGUACUAAGAUUUUAGGCAGAACAAUAAGAGUUGACCAUGUAUCAAAUUAUAAAGCACCAAAAGAUUCAAAAAAUAUUGAUGAAGAAACUAAAAAAUUAAGAAAAGAAGGUUGUGCUCCCAAAAAAUUUAGUAAAAAUAGUUAUUGAUAAUACGCUAUUAUUUU